AUGCCUCCGAGACGUGCUCCAGCUACCGCACCGACUGCUGAGGAAUUGGCACAACGUCGAAUUCAAGCUCUCGAGGAUGCUAUGAUUGCAAUGGCUAAUAGACAGGCGCCUCUGUCGUCGCCUCCGGCAAAUAAUCAGCCUACCUUCGACCGGUUUGUUAGGCACCGUCCACCGACCUACCAUGGUACUCCUGAUCUCGUGGUACUUGAAAACUGGAUCAGAGAAAUAGAGAAAUUGUUCGAUGCUACCGGCUGUCCUGAAGCCGAGAAGGUUGCUAUCGCCACUUACUAUCUGAAAGCUGAAGCCGACAACUGGUGGUCAGUCACUAAGGUUGAAUGCCGAGCUAUUUUAGAAUUUGGCUGGGAUCAGUUUGUGAACAAGCUGAAGGACCGCUUCUAUCCGACACAGCUGAGAUGGCAGAAGCGGGAGGAAUUUGUGAAGCUGACACAGGGGAGCAUGUCUGUUCAGCAGUACACAGACAAGUUUGUAGAGCUGUCCCGAUUUGCUGCUUCUUUGAUACCGGAUGAAGCAGAGAGACUGAAUCUGUAUGUUCAGAGGAUGGACCCCAGAGUCCAUAUGCAUGUAGUGAGCUCCGGUGCAACCACAUUUCAACGAGCUUAUGAGGUAGCUUUGAGCAUUUAUGCUUCUGUCCAAGAGAUGGACACUGCCCGCCGAGUUCAGAUGGCAAAGAGGCCCCAGCCUGCUACUUUUGCUCGUCCUCCUUUCAAGAAGUUCAAGGCUAACCCUGUGAAGAAGGGUAUUACUGUUGCUACUACCACCACCACCGGACAGAGGAAAUGUUAUCGGUGUCAAAAGGAUUGGCACCUAGGGAAGAAUUGCGACGGAACCACUGUCAGAUGCAAUCACUGCAAUGAGGAAGGGCAUCGUGCAUUUUCUUACCCCAGGAACCCAGCUGCAGCUCAGACCAGACCCACAGGUGGUGCUGCUCCAGUGAGGAAUCGGGUUUACAACAUGUUAAAGACAGAUGUGGAUGAGGAUGAUGCUAGCGCUGAUGUCAUCACAGUGAUCUUAGAAGGGAUUGAAUUGACUUCUCAGCUGAAGGAGUUCCCGAUGAAUGAGUUUGAUGUGAUCUUCGGCAUUGACUGGUUGAAGAAGCACCAGGCUGUGUUUUAUUGCCGUGAUGAGAAAGUAGUUCUGAGAGAUCGGAAAGGAAGAAGGGUGUCCUACUCUAAUCUUAAGUUAAGGCCAGGAGUGAAACUUGUCUCAGCCUUGAAGAUGAAGAAGAUGCAGCGAAGGGGUGAUCAAGUCUUUCUUUGUAGGAUUGUUCCUAGAGGAGGAGUUUCAUCUUAUGUGAAUGCUAUGAGCAUUGAGCCAGUGUUGUAUGCUGAGAUAAGAGAAAAGCAGAGAGUUGACCCUAUUCUUCAGAAGAUUCGAGCUGCUAAGGCUCAGGGUAGAGCUGAGAGUUUUGAGAUCCAUGCGGAUGAAGUAAAGCCCAAUUUGACUUUUGAGAAAAAGCCCAUCAAGAUUCUCGAUCGUCAGGUGCGCAUUCUACGAAGAAAGGAAAUACCCCUGGUCAAGGUUAUGUGGCGCAACCAGAAGUUUGAAGGGAGACUAAGAAGUCUAUGCGCGAGAAGUACCCCGACUUGUUUGUAG